UAAUUCGAUUGCAUCGUGGGCCGCAUCCGUUCCCACGACUUUAUCAGGAACUGUCGUUGCUGUGGCUCGCGUGUACAGUGUGCCGUGUGCACGCGAUACCGCGAUGGUCCAUUACUGGCAUACUACUGACAAAGAGUAAGAGAGAGUAUAAUUGAGAUGCGCAGCUAGAUCAAGUGGUAAAUGAAUCGAAGGAAUCCGUUUAACCGCGUGUCCAUCCAGUCGGAAUUGGAAUCCACCAGAUGUCACAUUGCCAGACGGGAUUCUUUUCCUGGGAUAAUCGAACGGAUGACAACAGCGAUGCUGAAUAUUAUUCGCUAACAGAUUGAAAUAGUCCAUUUAAUACUACUUGCUGUCUAGGAUACUAGCUGUCGGGAUGCUCUUCUGGUUGUUCACAGUCUGUGCGUUAGGAUGGUGCAUGGUGCAGGCAGAUUACGACAUAAUAUUGGAAGAUAUUGAUUGUAGUCAAAUUAACGAAGAAUAUAUAAAGUCAUGCGAUCUCGAACUAAACUAUGAUAGCACAUAUGGGGCCAGUCUGAACACGUAUAUAGAGAUCAUUAAAGCACUUCCUGAGGACACUAAGGUAACAGCCGACUUAUUUACGGUUCGAAUGGGUGAAUAUACGGUUGAUCUUGGACUUCAUAUAGAUGCAAGCUUUUGUGAUGUUGCAGCGGAUUCAAAGUCUAUAGGGGUACCUAUAAUAAGAGCAAUCAACAUGGAUGGCGAUAAUUGCCCUCCGGACCCGGGGGUUUACCAACGAGAAGACUACGUAAUUGACAGUAUGGAUGGUUUACCGCCAUCAUUUCCCGAUGGUCAUUAUCUACUUAAUAUGACAUUGGCAAACAAAGAUACCACGAUAGUGCACUUUGAUAUUUAUAUAAGAGUAUACUGAUUAAUUUUUCGAACCAAUUGUUCGUAUAGAAUUUAAAAUAACGUUUAAAAUAAAGAUUGACCAGCAAGCAUACGAUACGUUUAUUA